CUGACGGUGAAGACGUUAUUGCAGUCGUCACAGUUCAGUGUUCUUAAUCUGUGCGUCCAUGUACACAUAUAUGUCCUUUAUUAGACUCUAUUAAAUAGAGUAAACAUCGUUAAUAACUGUUUGCAUCCGGUUGUAUUAGUCUGAGCGCACUUUGACGAUUCUCGAACUAGCUUAGCUUGCUAGUUAGCUUAGCUUGUUAGCUGCUAACAAAGAGAGGCGGAAGUGAUCAAAACACAUCGCUAAGCAGAGAUCAAGUGUGAGUGUAAAGUGUUGUGAUUGUGUGAAAAUGUGCGAAACAACGAUAGCAGAGUACGAGGAGGAACUUUGUCCAACAGAAAAGGAGAAGGAGCGACAACAUCAAAAACAUCAAGUUGUGUUACACAGAACAGACAUCCAUCAGCUGAUUGAACACCAAGAAGAAUGUCUCCCUCAUCUGCAGGGGGACAGUUUCACUUUAGAGUAUCCACAGCCCCCCUAUUUUAAAGAGGAAGAGGAGGGAGAGUGUCCUGUAGGGCAGGAGGAGGCUGAUCUCACCAAGUUUCCACUGACUGUUGUCUCUGUGAAGACUGAAGAGCAUGAAGACAAACCACCUGAGUCCUCACAGCUUCAUCACAGUCCAAACGUCUGUGAAGAACAUCUUCUCCCUGAGCAACAGAAGUGGAGCUUCAGGAUGGAGCCACAGCCCUCCCACAUUAAAAAGGGAGAGGAACACCCACUGAUCCCCCAUUUUAAAGAGGAAGAGGAUGACCCAUUGACCACUCACAUCAAAGAGGAAGAGGAGGACCCACUGACACCCCAUUUUAGAGAGGAAGUGGUGGCUCCACUGAGCCCUCACAUUAAGGAGGAAGAGGAAGACCCACUGACCCCUCACAUUAAAGAGGAAGAGGAGGACCCACAGACCCCUCACAUUAAAGGGGAAGAGGAGGAACACAGCAUCAAUCAGGAGGGAGAGCAUCUUGAAUGGUUGGAGGAGUUCCCAGUGACUGGUGUCCCUGUGAAGAGUGAAGGUGAUGAGGUCAAAGGUGAAAGUGAGGAGAAGAGAGAGGCGGAGCCUCCAAGCAGCAGCUCAACUCAACACAUGACAACAGAAGCUGAUGGAGACCACUGUGGAGGAUCACAAGCAGACAAGCUCUUAGCUCCACUAUCAGAUAGUGAGGACACAACGUCACACUCUCCUGACACUGAUGAUGAAGACUCUAAAGAUGAUAAGACAUGUCACACUGACAACACACACUUCACAUGUUCUCACUGCGACAAAACUUUUAAAUCUAGUAAUUUGAAAAGACACAUGAGAACACACACUGGAGAAAAACCUUUUUCAUGUUCAAUAUGCGGUAAAGAUUUUACUCAAAAGCACAAUUUCAAAACACACAUGAGAACACACACUGGAGAAAAACUUUUUUUAUGUUCAAUCUGUGGUAAAGAUUUUACUCAAAAGCAGCAUUUGAAAACACACAUGAGAACACACACUGGAGAAAAACCUUUUUCAUGUUCAAUCUGCGGUAAAGAUUUUACUCAAAAGCAGCAUUUCAAAGUACACAUGACAACACACACUAGCGAAAUACCUUUUUCAUGUUCAAUCUGCGGUAAACAUUUUACUCAAAAGCACAAUUUCAAAACACACAUGAGAACACACACUGGAGAAAAACUUUUUUCAUGUUCAAUCUGUGGUAAAGAUUUUACUCAAAGUCAACAUUUGAAAACACACAUGAGAACACACACUGGUGAAAAACCUUUUUCAUGUUCAAUCUGCGGUAAAGAUUUUACUCGAAGGGACCAUUUGAAAACACACAUGAGAACACACACUGGCGAAAAACCUUUUUCAUGUUCAAUCUGCGGUAAAGAUUUUACUCAAAAUCAAAAUUUCAAAACACACAUGAGAACACACACUGGCGAAAAACCUUUUUCAUGUUCAAUAUGCGGUAAAGAUUUUACUCAAAAUCAAAAUUUCAAAACACACAUGAGAAUACACACUAGAGAAAAAAAUGUUUCAUGUUCAAUCUGCGGUAAAGAUUUUACUCGAAGGGACCAUUUCAAAACACACAUGAGAAUACACACUGGAGAAAAACAUUUUCAAUGUUCAGUAUGUGGUAAAGGUUAUAUAAAAAGGCUGCAAUUAAAAUUACACAUGAGAACGCACUCUGGUGAAAAACCAUACUCCUGUUCAAGCUGCAACAAAAGCUUUCGUCACCUAGACACUCUUACAGUACACAUGAGAACACACACAGGUGAGAAAGUGUUGAGUUGCAGUGUGUGUGGUGAAAGAUUCUCUUCUGAGUACCAGUGUAAGAAACACAAGUGUGCUGGUGAGAACAGCAGCAGCAAAUGAAGAUGCAAGAUUUGAAAUAAACUGUCAAAACUUUAACUUUGACUUUCUAACAACAUCAGCACAUAUAACAUGUGUGACAUCAUUGUUGUGUGUGUAACACAAUCUUGUUAAUAUGAUUUUAACAUUCAUAGAUUAGACACUUCAGAUUAGUGCUUUUAUUUCAGUCAAGUACAUGAGUUAAUAUACACAUUUGUGUACUUUAAAAUGAACAGAACAAUUUGACUGAAAAGGUGAGAAUAAACAGUACAUAAAAUAUGUUACAUACAAUAAACAUUUUAAGUGUAGAUAUUCAUAGUUCACUUUUAUACUUAUUCAUAAUAGUGUUUUAUAUAUGUUUUUUGAAAUAAUGAAGUGUUACAUAUUUUAUUUUCUAAUUGUAGAUGAUUCCAUAGAUGAACUCCUUUAUAUGAUAUACAUAUUUGUUUUACAUGUGUUCAUACCUUUGCUUUUGAGUACACAUAAAUCCCUCUUAGUUCAUAUUUACUGGUUCACAUCUGAAACAUCUUCUGGACCACUUCUGGAAGCAUAUUAUUAUUUACUUUAUAUAUCAUUUGAACAGUUGUCUUUUACACAAUUUUAAAAUGUGUGACUUUAUGAAUCAUUUGUUGGGUCUCUAUAAUCCAUUCUAUUAAUUGUCUUUAUUACUCUGUUGUGUAAUAUGAAUAUUGUUGUGUGAUUGUUUUAUAUGUAUGUCCC